AUGGAGUCUACUGUUUCGGAUAUCUUGAAUGCAGCCACUAAUUUUACUGACGAAUUCAGGAAUGCUUCCUUGUCGGAACUGUCGAAUUUAACUCAGAACAACGUAUCAAGCACAGCAGUUUCAGAUCGACUCAUAACAUGGGACGAUGCAACCUGGAUCCUUACAAGUUCCUUUGUGAUUUUUACUAUGCAAUCAGGUUUCGGGUUACUAGAAGCAGGUGUCGUCUCAGGAAAAAAUGAAGUCAACAUUAUGGUCAAGAAUGCUGUUGAUGUGAUAUUCGGCGGGUUAACUUUCUGGAUGUUUGGAUACGCCCUAAGUUUCGGGGAAGGCCCGUUGACCAACGCAUUUUGUGGGGUGGGCCACUUCUUCGUCGACAUCGAAGACGAUCACGAAGACAUGGGAUACACUUAUGCUAACUAUAUAUUCCAGUUAUCAUUUGCUACAACUGCUACCACCAUUGUUUCCGGUGCAAUGGCAGAAAGAACAAAACUUUCUGCCUAUAUAGUAUUUUCAUUCUUCAAUACUUUGGUGUAUUGCAUGCCAGCUCAUUGGGUGUGGGGCAAGUAUGGAUUUUUAAAAGAACUUGGCGUCCUUGAUAUUGCUGGUGCGGGACCUGUCCACCUCGUUGGAGGUGUCUCAGCCUUGGUGGCAGCUAUAAUACUGAAACCGCGACAUGGACGCUAUGACAACGGUGGCGAGGCCCCUCCGCUUGGCAACCCUACGAACUGCCUUGUCGGCAUGUUCAUGCUAUGGUGGGGUUGGCUCGGUUUCAAUUGUGGAAGCACGUUUGGUAUAUCGGGCGGAAAGUGGAAACUCGCUGCCAAAUCUGCUGUAACGACUGUAAACGCGUCCAUGGCCGGUGGAUCCAUGGGUCUUCUAUAUAGCUAUAUUGCGAAUAAAAGGAAGUUUAUGAUACCAGAUUUGGUAAACUCCGUCCUUGGCGCUCUUGUCGCAGUCACAGCUCCGUGCGCCCUCAUUCGGUCAUGGGAAGCGCUGGUCAUUGGCGCGAUAGGCGGUCUGGGGUCGGUGGCGGGCGCUGCUGUGAUGGAUGGCUUGAAAAUAGAUGACCCUGUUGGGGCUGUUGCUGUUCAUGCAGUUGGAGGAAUGGUGGGCCUUCUAGCAGUUGGAUUCUUCGUUGACAUCGAUCCCCUGGAGGACAGGACGGGUGGUCAGAAGGGCCUGUUCCACGGGGGAGGUUGGAGACUGCUUGGGGUUCAGACACUUGCUGUGGUCAGCAUUGCAGCCUGGUCAGCAGUCAUCUCAUUUACACUACUGUUUAUCAUUGACAAAACAAUCGGGCUUCGAAUGUCGGUGGAAGAGGAGAUACUCGGGACUGAUUUCGUUGAGCACGGUAUUGGUCAAGAGACUGACCUACUUUUCGUCGAAAACCCAAGCAACUCACCCAUACAUGCUGAGAACGGUGACCACGAUGAUCGGACGGUAUCCGUGAGACGAAAGAGCACUGGUGGUUUUGGCUUUCAACGUACUUAUCGUAUCAGAGAAAGGCGUGGCACCAAGUCAGGGUUCGCUUGCCGCAACAGCGUCGAUAUGACGAGAACGAGACCACAGAUGUUGGACCAUGAUUUAACAUGCGCGCCGAAAACGAACGGUACAGGGAUUCAUAUGAACGGAGGUAGUCAGAUUGGGACAACGUCUCCGAAAUCUAACCGAAUAUACAAAACAUAUGAGCAAAAAUACGAUGCCGAGUACACAAAUGCUGCCUUUGAACUCAGGGAAGGUGACACAGAAGAACCAACCAACGUGGAAGUUAAGUUCUGAAAUUAUCGGUAGCAACAUCAGUCGUGACGCAACUACCACGAACUACUGAUGUAAGGUUAUGAAGGUCGAGUUGAAAGAGUUGCGGCUGACCUGCAUUAUUAUGUUUUUUACACCUUCAUAUUAUGAACGGUCAGACGUUGGAUUUCUGUCAGGUUUGCCUUGGUGCUUGGCUAUUAAAAUAAGGUAAUUUAAGUAAGCUUUUAAAGAUGCCGAAGAACCAGAAUGAUUCAAACCAAAGUAUCAUAACUGGUAAGCCUAAAUGAGCGAGAAGUUUUGACUCUGACCAUGCUUUCUGACUGACCUCACUUUUGAAGAUGGUGUCUGUCUGUUUUCAGUAAUUACGUUA